AUGGCCAUGGAAGGUAGCCACGAGCCGUUCUACGUCCGCUACUAUUCAGGACAUUCGGGACGGUUUGGGCACGAAUUUCUGGAAUUCGACUUCCGAGUAAUUGGCGACGGCCGGAGUGCGACUGCGCGCUAUGCGAACAAUUCCAACUACAGAAAUGACUCGCUCAUCCGGAAAGAGAUGUCGGUCUCUGCGCUCAUGAUACAAGAGAUCAAGCGCAUAAUCAAAGACAGCGAGAUCACGAAAGAAGACGACUCGAAGUGGCCACAGAAGAACAAGGAUGGGCGGCAAGAGCUAGAGAUCCGGAUGGGCAGUGAACAUAUUCAAUUCGAGACGGCCAAGAUUGGGUCACUUGUCGACGUUACGGACUCAGCAGAUCCUGAAGGACUGCGAGUCUUUUACUAUCUGGUCCAAGACCUAAAGGCACUUGUCUUCUCACUGAUCUCGCUCCACUUCAAGAUCAAACCAAUCUGA